GUGUCGACUAUAUUCGAAAGGUGUGAGACGCCUCCGGUGUGGCCUAGUUCGUCGAAUGCAGGGAAGGUGGUGUCCAGUUAUAUUUCAACAAUCGAACUUCUGUUUAUUAGAAGUUGUACGCACCAAAAGCCUCCAGUUUUCAUGGUUUCUUUGUGGCCAUCUAUCAUUAAAGCUGUACAACCACUGUAAGCAUGGUGAACAAGUAAACAAUGGCUGAAGAUGACACAAGAGAAGAAAAUGUGGCUGACAUAGAUUUUUCUCAGAUAAGAACAUCUAUUCAAUUAGGCGGUCGCAUGAUUGAGCAAAUUUUGAAUAGUGUUCACUAUGGCUCCCCAGAAGUUAGAUGCUUGUUGCUUGAUGAGUGUGAUAUCAUACUUGAAUGCAGAGUGUGUCGUGGUUUAUUUCGUGCUCUUCCAAAUUUUGUUGCCCAUAAACGGGUUUACUGUAAAAAGGCGUAUAUCAUGACCCACCAGAGCAUGUUUGACAGUUUGCCAGAAGAUGAGGUGGUUGUUGUUCAACCAACAGCUCCAGAAGAUACACACACAAAAACAGUUGAAGAUGGAGCUUGCCAUAAGUCAGCAGAUGAUAGAGUGAGAGAUACCAUUACUCAGAUAAAUUGUGGGCUUCUGGGAAAGUCAGAAAUGUAUAGACUAUAUUCUAAAGCUGCAGAAAAGGUUGAUCGACCAAAGAAACAGAAAAAAACCCUCAGUGUUGUUCUUUCUCAAAUUGCAUCAAAUUCCAAUGCUGUGAGAGUAUCUUGUGAAGACAGUGAUGAGGCCUCCAAGCAAAGUCUUUGCAAUGUACAAGAGCCCACUCAAAACAUGGAAGCUGCUAUUUCAAAGCCAGAAAUGCGAGCCCUAACAGAUUUUGGAAAUGACAAUCAGUCAUCUUCACCUGCAACGUGUGUAGGCAAGUCAAACGUGAUGGGUAAUGCAUCAGUGAUGAUUCAGUCUGAUUUGAAUAAAGACAUGUGUGAUUCUAUACAGCCAACAACUCCCCUUCCAUCAGGCAUUUUGCCAAAUCCGGUGGAUACACCACAAGCAGAGGAAAAUAAAUCCAAACAAUCUACACCACUCAAUAAUUCUGAAAAGAUAAUAUUGAGAGAAAGGAAAUUAGAGAAAGGAGAAACAAAUCUUUGCAAUACAUUUAAUGUCUCAUUACUCAAGUGUCUUCAAUGCAAUGUGACAUACUCCUCCAGCAAAACAUUAAAGUAUCACAUACAAAAACGUCACUCUGGUUUGCGCACUUUCUUUCCUUGUCCAUAUUGCUCAAAUGUGUUCUUCUACUUCUGGGGUUUGACAAGACAUUUGCGCGUAAACCACAAGAAGACACAAAAUCAGAUAAAUAAGAUGAGAACAAUCUUGCGAGAAUCUGCAUUCACCAAAAAUGUAACCAAGACGUGCAUUCAGGCAAAGGAUCAACUUGAAUUUACCACAGAUGUAGAAGAAAAGGAUGCAGUACAUCAGAAAAUGUGAUUAUGGAGGAAUGUAUGGAUGGGAAAACAAAUGCCAAGGAGAAACGAGGGAGAAAUGUUUCAUGUCCCACAAGAGAGCAUUGCUCAGCAGCCACUGUGAAGCAUACUUCCAAAUAUGUUAAGCACACGUUUGCCAGACGGCAUGUUCCCACACUAGAUGUGCCUAAAAAGGAGAAGGUGAAAACAGUACAAAAGUACAUUCAUCAGUUGUCCUGCGACAGGUGUGACAAAGUGUUCUGGAAGAAAGGUCGCCUUACCAA